GAGCAGGCGGCAUUUGCGUUUUUUUGAAACGGGUUUUUAGAAUUGAAUACAAUUAAAGCAGUGGCUGCGGCUCAUGUAGUCAACUUGCUCGACGUUUCAAUUUCAAUCUUCUCGUUGACGUGAACGCAGUCGGUUGUGCGUCGCGCGUAAAUAUUGUGUGUGUUUUUGUUGGUUGACUAAUCGUUGUUUGGUUUUCCGCCCCGUCGACUCUGCCACAGCCUCAGAGGUUUGCGUGUUUCUCGGUGCCCCACCAAUACAGUAAAAAAUCCGAAUCAGAAAACGAAAUCGUCGCGCCCGCUAAACAACAAGAGCCUGACAUAAUGGCAAACUUCGAUGAUACAUUGCAGCGAGCCCGUCUCGCAUUCGCAAGCGGCAAGACUAGGAACGUAAGCUUUCGUCGCAAGCAAUUAGAGAAUUUGCUGCGUUGCUAUGAGGAGCAUGAGAAUGAGAUUAUCAGCGCAUUGGAGGCUGACUUGCGACGACCAAAACAGGAAAGUUUGAUUGUGGAAACAGAAUUCAUGAAGAAUGACAUCAAGCACAUAUUAUUCCAUCUCAACGACUGGGUCAAGGCCGACAGGCCGGAAAAGUCGUUUGUUAAUAUGCUUGAUGAUGUGCAAGUCUACAACGAUCCCUUUGGUGUUGUCCUCGUCAUUGGCGCCUGGAAUUAUCCUUUGCAAUUGCUUUUAGUUCCCGUUGCAGCUGCAAUUGCCGCUGGCAAUUGUGUGGUCCUCAAGCCAAGCGAGAUUGCCGGCAAUUGUGCCAAAUUUAUUGCCGAGACAAUUCCCAAAUAUCUAGAUAAUGAUUGCUAUCCAGUUGUCUGUGGCGGACCCAGUGAAACAGCUGAACUGCUGAAGCAACGUUUCGAUUACAUAUUCUAUACGGGAUCUACGCGCGUCGGCAAAAUUAUUCAUGCUGCAGCCAACAACUAUUUGACACCCACAACCCUUGAGCUGGGUGGCAAGAGCCCUUGCUACAUUGACAAGUCCGUGGAGCUGCGCACAGCGGUGAAGCGCAUCUUGUGGGGAAAACUCAUCAAUUGCGGCCAGACAUGCAUCGCACCCGAUUACGUUCUGUGCUCCAAGGAGGUGCAGGAUAAAUUUGUGGAGGAAGCCAGGGAAGUGCUCAAGGAGUGGUACGGCGAAAGCAUACAGAGCAGUCCCGAUCUAAGUCGCAUCAUCAACCAAAACAAUUUCCAGCGACUUCUUGGACUGAUGAAGUCGGGACGUGUCGCAUUGGGUGGCAAAUACGAUGUCAGCGAGAAGUUUAUUGAGCCCACAAUUCUGGUUGAUGUGAAGCCCGAUGAUCCCAUCAUGGAGGAGGAAAUCUUCGGCCCAAUCUUGCCCAUUUACACAGUCGAGAAUGCCUACGAUGCGAUUAAGUUCAUCAAUGCCAGAGAAAAGCCUCUUGUAAUCUACGUAUUCUCUAACUCUAACAAGUUGGUAAAAGAGUUUAGGGAAAACACAACUAGCGGCGGAUUCUGCAGCAACGAAACUAUAAUGCAUGUCGGAGUUGACACAAUUCCCUUCGGCGGCGUCGGCAUGAGCGGCAUGGGCAGCUAUCAUGGCAAAUUUGGAUUCGACACGUUUACACACAAGAAAUCGUGUCUGGGCAAGAAUCUGGCAGCGAUUGGCGAAAAGAUGGCAUCAGCUCGUUAUCCACCUUACUCGGAUCGCAAGGCCUCGCUGCUCUCUUUCCUGUUACGCAAACGCCGCCCGCUUCCGAACUUGUAUCUUUCGCAUGUGCUUGCAGUUGGUCUUGGCGUGGGAUUGACGGUGCUUGCCAAUUAUUACCUACAGGUAAGAAAGGGCAAGCUGUUGUCGCGUUAAAAAUAAAACACAAUUUAUACAUCAAUGGCGGAUAUAAAUCGUUGCACCAUGAGCCAGUGGACUUUUAAUUACAUUUACAUUUGGAAUACAUCGCA